AGUCUGUACCAAGGCGUGGAAUAGUAGAGGGGAUCGCGAACACGACGGAAUAUCCCGGCGUCAGAUCGCAAGGGGACGCGAGUGUGCGCGCGUCAGCUCUGUGUUCGGCAGUUCUAUCGUUUCUCCGGGUCAUCGUUUGCCGGUCCGUUCUCGUCUCGUUUCUUCGCGUACCGUUUCAUCUGAUCGGUGAGCUAGUUGCAAUUUUUCCUUCGUUAUAUUUACAACAAUCAUUCUGAAUCGUAGUCGUUCUCGACUACGUUUGGUUGCUACGAUGCGGAACGACGUCGAUGGCGAGUUCCCUGUGUAGUCACGAAAUCGGUACCAGUCACAGUCUGUCUUUGUCACGUUCGUGGAGUCUUGCGAACGCACCCGAUUACCGCGUGUCCUGUACCUUUUCCCUGGCUUCACCCCUCCAAAUCCAGCUACGAGUCUUCUCUUUCCCCUUCUCCCCUCCCCUCCCCGAUCUGUCCUUUCUUCCUACUUCCUUAGAGUAUAGUCCCUUUUGGUAACGCAGAGUGCGCGCAUUACCACUGCACCGCACACAACACUGGGCAACACGUAGGCGAAGUGUACGCGUGCGCGCUCUUCCCUCGUAAACUCUCCACCUUUUUUUUCUUCGCUGUGUAGUGUGUUGUGUAUCGGCUGCGAGACGACUUGGACGUUUGCGAUAGAAAGCUCGCGCGCAUGCCAUCAGCGCGCCGCGUGUGCUUUUACUUCAGUGACAGAACAAAUUUACGACGUCGAUCCAAGAACACCCACAACUUACUGAGACGACAUCGAUCGAGUUUAUCUUCCAUUGGAAAUUGGAAUUGGUUGGUAUUGUGAAUUUUUGUGUAAGAACAGCGAACGUUUCGUUGCACUACACAAAUGUAUCAACUAAAGGCAUGAACAUGUAUUCUCGUUGUUUCGAUUACAGUGUUUCUUCGCGGUGUCGAUGAGGCGUACUUCGAACUCUGUUACUUUUCACCGGUAACGUGACACUUACCGACGGAGCCGAUAUUAAUUCGUUUGUUUCGCGUCACAUGCGUUUGGUGUGUAUCGAGGAUAAAAAUCAUACUUGCGAUCGUGCGCGCGACUCGCUUCACGCCGUGAUCUCGUUUCUUUCGUAAACGGUGAUAAACGAGAGCGAACCAUCGGUUCCACCUUUCUUUUUCGUAUUUUGGCAGCGUGUUCUGCUGCGGUCGUGUCACUCGUGUCGUGGGCAACCGCGUUGCGGUAAAACAGUCAAAAUUCGGGUGAAGAACAGAGAACCCUUGCCAUCCUACGCGAUGGAAAUGAGCGACGAGUAUCAGGACAUGGGAAACCCCGGAGGAGGGGUAGCGAUGGUCAACAUACCUAUUACCCAUCACCAACGUACGCCUGAUAGUCCAUUGUCGCAUCAGGAGGAGGAUUUGUCAGAUCCGGACCUUCAGGACGAAGAGAGCGGCGAAGAAUUACCUCAGCAACCACUUCAGGGUAACACGCACUCUUCGUCGGAUAAUGCAUCCGCACAGGCUAAUACACCUACUCCAUUAGCACACUUGAACAGUCUGAUGGGUGCACACCAUCCGCACUUUCUGGCGAAGCUGAAAAUGGAGGCAGCCGAUGUGGAUGCAUUAGCUCAUAAAAGCGGAUUAGAAGCGUUGCAAGUUGCUAUGAGUGGAGCCGGAUUCAAUCUACCAUUUUCAUUCCCACCACCUGCAGCGUUCCUAACGCCGCAGCACCACUUGCAAAACAGUCAUCCACAAGCGAGUAGUACCAUCAUGAGCAGCAUUGGAAAUCAGUUGACAUCAUCGGCCAGUUCGCAUUCCAGCGAAUCAUCACAGGGUAGCGGUAGAAACGGUGGAGAGCCUCGUGAGACCAGCAAUCAUUCGCAGAGUAACUCGACGGGCACGAAUCACCAGCAACAGACCAGCUGGAGCUUCGAAGAGCAGUUCAAACAGGUGCGUCAGCUCUAUGAGAUUAACGAUGAUCCAAAAAGAAAAGAGUUUCUGGAUGACCUCUUCAGCUACAUGCAGAAACGCGGAACACCGAUCAACCGACUGCCAAUAAUGGCAAAAUCGGUACUUGAUCUAUACGAGCUGUAUAAUUUAGUGAUUGCUCGGGGCGGACUUGUAGACGUAAUCAACAAGAAGCUCUGGCAGGAAAUCAUCAAAGGCCUCCACCUGCCGUCAAGUAUCACUUCCGCUGCGUUUACUCUACGCACCCAGUACAUGAAAUACCUGUAUCCGUACGAGUGCGAGAAGAGACGCCUAUCAACGCCGGCGGAAUUGCAAGCGGCGAUCGACGGGAAUCGUCGAGAGGGACGUCGAAGCAGUUAUGGGACAUACGCGACGAGCAGCAGCACGACGAGCGAAAGUCUCGUGCAGAGAAACCCCCACACACCCAACUCGCUCGCGUUGCACGCGCAAAUAUCACCGUUAUCAUUGGUGACGGCGGUAGCGGCUGGUGGUCAACACCAUGGACCGCAAUCGCUGGUGAAUGGAAGUGCCGCGCACACACCCUUACCCCACCAUCCGCAUCAUCCGCAACAUUCUCAGGGAAUAGCAGGCCAAUCAAAUGCAGAACUGCAGUUUCUCUUCCCCUCGAUAAUCUUUCCAGGACCUAUUCCUGGGAUGGCACCAUCCGAGUUCGAAACACGCAUGGUCGAAUACGUGAAGCUAUUAAACAAAGAACUUAGAGGUGGUGUUACACCGCCACCCGUAAUUCAUCGACAAGAUAGCGCGUCACCUCCACCUUUGACACCACCGAGGGAUGGCGCGUUCAGUGCCCUAGAAAUGUCCCGACUGACAUUGUGGAAUAUGUACAAUAACAAUACUCUAUACCCAGGAAUGGCUCAUCAACCGCCCAUGUCACCACAGGCCUCACACUCACCGGUACCUGCACUUCCCAGUCCUGAACCUCAAAGGGAAGCUCUUGACCUUGGACUUAGGUCAUCGCCCAUAUGCUUAUCACCAAUGAGGCAAAGUUCGCCCUCUUCGGGAGGUAGCAUACAAAUAAAGAAGGAUCAAGAUUUAACUAAUACAUGUAGAAUGCCACCGGCAAAAAGAUCACUCUCUGAAGACGAUAGUCUGGCGGAGAAGAAUGCAAUGGUCGCUACCGGCACGCAUAUUAAAAUUUCCAAUCGAGGAGACGGAAGAAAUGGUGAUAAUUCCUUAGUAGUCAGUAUGGAGCUGAAUGGAGUGAUGUAUCAAGGUGUUUUGUUCGCUCAAAGUAGCAGUAGAACCAAGGACAAUGCACCAACAUGCAGCAACAGCAAUUCGAAACCGUCUCGGAGUGUGGUUUCGUGAAUGCUCAACGAUUAAGGAACCAUCAGCCUAUCACGUUGUCUUGAUACUUGAUGAUUAUCUACAUAUAACAAGAGUAAUAACCCAUAAACGAACGAGAAGCAGUCUGCCAUGAUCGAACUUGAUUUUUCUUUGAAGACUAUAAUUUACAUUUACCAACUCGAAUUGUCUUUUACUCGUAUCAUACACGAAUACCUGUUAGGUUCCUAGAAAUUGUAUAAAUAUAUAUGAUACGUAAAUUAAUCGUGAUGACAAUAGGCUGCUUGGAUGAUGAUGAUAUUAUGAAUGGUAUUGUAUAAAUAAUGUAUGCAUGUUUUGAGUGCAAUGAAAAGAUAUGUUUUUAAUUAUGUAUCUUUAUAUUUUACGGUUUCUUGCGUUCGAUGGAAACCUUCUCAGCGUAUCGUUCGCCGCAGAUCUCGCAUUGUCUUUCCUUUCGUUCAACCUUAAUAAUAUAAUUAAAAAACGAAACAAAAAAGUAGUCAAAAUAGUACAUAUUUGUAAGGGUGAACUAGAACGGAAAAUAUUCGCGAGAAAGAACAUGUGUUAAUUUCUGAUGGAAUUCUCUCUUUUUUCUUGUAAGCACAGUUCUCUUUCCAAAAUUUGCUCCUUAAACCAAUUGUUAUAUUCAGCUAGUGCUCCCAGUCAAGAUCACUGGAGAAUGCUUUCUACUUCACAAACUCUACAAAUAUAUAUUAUUUUUUCAUCGAAUCUCCUACGGAUAUUUUAUAGCAUUUUAAAUCAGCACGUGUGCGUUUGUUUUUAUCAUUAUUAUCAAUACGAUAUCAUUGCAAAUGUAGAAUCUAGGUGUGUGUAUAUGUGUAUAUACAAAUAUACUAUAUAUAUACAUGCGAGUACAUACAUAUAUAUGUACACCUACGUAAGUGCGUGCGUAGACAAUUGUCCAUCUUGUCGCCCGUUUGUUAAGUGUACAUAAUCAUUUAAAUAUAUUUUGCCUUCCGUAAGAGAGAACCAGAGCGAGAAAAAGGAACAGAGUUCAGUGCGACAGUUUA